GGCCGGGAGCAGUAAAGGGCCCAGGCUUCGCGCCUCCCCGAGUCCCGCCAGAGCUGCUCUUCUCGCCUGUGGUUGGAGCAUGGUCGACGACGCUGGCGACUCCGAGGCCCGCGGGGACAGGCUGCUGGGGUUCCCGCUUCCCUCGCCACGGGUUCGCAUCCGGCCGUGGUGGUUUCCUGCGCAGGAUUUGAGGAAUCCGCUGGUGUUCUUCCUGGAGGCGUGGCUGGCCGACUCGAUCUUUGGCCCAGACCGAGCCUUGGUUCCAGAAAUGGAGUGGAUGAGCCAGGCCCUGCUGAUGGUGGACGCUGUUGACGCUAGGAACAUGGUCGAAGUCACCAUUUUCGCGCGGCCAGCAGUCCAGCGUCAGGUGAAGAGCGUGCUUCUGAGCCAGGCGUCAGUGCACCGGGAGCGGCGCGCCCGAGCUGAGAAGAUGGAACAACUCGAGGAAUUCCUGAAGGCCCAGGCACCCGGUCCCCAGGUGCCCCAGCAUCCUGUUGCAUGAAUGUUGUCUGGAGCGUGAGAACAGUCCUGCUUCUGCUGCUAAUGUUCAAGAGAAGCAAAUAUCCUUAAAUCUCUCCCUUUUUCCCCUCUGUGUCUUGAUGAAGUAUAGUGGUUUGAUUAUUUUGCUUCAAACCUGAGUUUGUGCCAUUCUAGUUAAUAAAUGAAUUUCAUUUUUGUCCGAAGGCA